AUGGCUGUGUAUUUGGCCGUGGAUUCAUCGUUAUCAAUGCGACUGCCUGUUAGCGAGAGCAAUGAAAUGUCUAGACGGAUGAUUGCAUGUCAGCUAGUUUUGAAAACUAUUGAAAAGGUUCAAACCUUGGAUAUGGAUCGUAAGAUUAAGUUGAUUGAUUUCUCACACAAUUCAAAAAUUAUACCAUGCGACAUGCGAAGCAUUGAAGAUGCCGAGAAACUUUUGAAUUGCAUAGAUAUAUCUGCCUCAGCUGAUCUAAUUUCGCUGUUCUUACUGGUAAAGAUGGAAAAUGACGAUGAAACUAGCAUCCUUCUAGUGUUUACGGAUGCAUGUACUUUCACCCCGGAGGAAGUGAACUUGACACAUCUACCGAAUUGUACAGUCAAAUUUGUUUGUGUUCUGGAUGAAGUUUUAACGGAUGAGAAUCAGAUUGCUCGAUUAUGGGCCAUUUCAUUGCUGACGGAAGGCUUCAAGGAGGAAUUUGAUUUUGAAGACAGUCGACCUUGGAUGCCGUAUUUCUUGUCCGAUUACGAUACCAUAGACAGUUAUAGUGAUGCUCUUGCAAAAGAUUUGUGUCCUGUACCAACAUUUUUGUUAAAAUGUGGCUUUUUAAAAGCAUAUUUCAAGACGCUACCAUCGGUAGACAGCGAUGAUUGGAACACAGUUAUUGAAGUAAUUGGUUUUAUUCCCGUAAAUUAUUUGGCAAAUAUGCCAACCAUUCGACAUCAUUUUCUUAUCUCACAAUUAAAUAGUGAAGAUUUUCUAAACUUGAUGUGCUCCUCACUGCACUUAGAGGAAAGUGUAGCCAUCUGUCGCUUGAAUAAAAAAUUAUAUGGCGCAUUGUGCCAUAUUAGUGCAAAGGAAGAAGAUCCUUCAGUUUCUCGACUUGUAUUUGCAUUAUUCCCACCGGGUCCAAUGCCAGUUUCCUGGUUGCCUUCAUUCAGUACAAUGUGCUCUCAGAGCAUUGUAGAUGCUGGAAAUGAAGAGCAGUUGUUCUGUAUCAGGAAUGAUGGCCUUUCUAGACCUUCUUAUUCUUCACUACAAAGAACAUGUUGGUAUGAGGUGCAUGGGUUGCAAAGUGAUAUGCAGAAAAUUGCUCGAUUAUUGAAGAAGAUUCCCGACAGAACGUUCUUGUUUUAUUCGGAAUUAAAUAGGAUACAUGCUUACUGUUGUGCCAGCGGUGCUGAAGAUGUUUUGGAAAAGAUAAUUCAGGUUUUGCAUGAAGAGAGUUCUUCACAGUCACCACUGAUUGUCAAACAUUCCGUAUACGCGAAUGAAAAACUGAGGAUGUACGGUCUGAAGAAUUCAGCAGAAAUUCCACCUUUGCAGUGA